AUGGCGCUCAGUUACACCGAUCUGAUGCAAUUAAUAUGGACCCUGUGGGGUGUAUCGCUCCUCUGCACAAUCCUCAGGGGCUUUCUGCGAUGGAAGUCUCAACACCGACUCUUCGCAGACGACUACUUCGUCUUCUUCGGCUUGUUCUCCUUGACUGCCCUCUCCGCAGUCAUCACAUGUCUACUACCACAGUUCCUUCUUGCGCAGGAAUACUCGAAAGCGGCUAUAUUGGAUCCACUUACACCGUUGCCACUACCGCCGGACGAAUUUGUCGAGAGAACACGUACUUCGCUCAAGUUCAUGUUCAGCCAGAUGCUGUUGUUUUGGACUACAUUGUGGGCUGCCAAGUUCUCCAUUCUUUUCUUCUUCAGACGGCUGGUGAUCGGACUGCCAGUAUUCAUGCGUGCAUGGUGGGCGUCCUUCAUCCUAGUCCUACUCUUCUAUCUCGCAUGCAUCGCCUCCAACUUCCUAACCUGCCGACCACUAUCCAAGUACUGGAGCACAACCGGAUGCAGCGACCCCGAAGACCUCAUCCGAGCCGACGCAUCCAUCAAGUUCGCAACGAGCGCAGACGUCAUUGCCGACGCCCUCAUCAUGCUCCUCCCUCUGAACCUCUUGCGCAAACUACAAGUCUCGCCCCAACAAAAGUUCGGCCUGGCAGUUAUCUUCUCUCUCGGCACCAUCAUCAUCGCCUUCGCGUUCGCACGACUCGCACAAGUUACAAAGGCGACUUCGAACCCUGAUCCGACGACCCUUGCUGAUGGGCCCGUGCUACUCAGCAUGUGGAGUCACAUCGAGUCGUCUGUAUCUGUUAUCGUUGCUACACUGCCGGCGUUCAGGUACUUGCUUAAUGGCAAGAUGGGGCGGACACAACCGGGUCCUUCGAAGCCACCGGUGGAGUCGUAA